AUGAAUGAGAAAUUACUUUCCUCUGGUUUUGGUUGGAUUUCUAUUUUGGACUGUAUAUAUAUAUGUAUACAUCAUUUUUUCUCACGUUAUGUUUCAGAAUAUAAAAAGAAGUUGUAUAGCUUUCAAGAAGAUGCAGAACAACUGGAAGGUUUUCAAACACAAGAGAUGGCAAAAGUUAAACAUCUUUUGUUGGCAAAAGAACAGGAAGUAGAGGAAAAGACGUAUCAUUUAAAAACUGCUACAGCGGAAAUAGAAAGUUUGAAGACAGAAGUUUCCCGUCUUAGACGAUAUGAAGACGAAUUAAACAAUAUACAAGAUGAAAUGGAGACGAUGCGUCAUUCUACGCAGCGAGAGAAAGCGCAGCUUUCCUGUCAGUUAGCACAUACGGAGGAGGAAGUACGUCAUCUGAAGGACAAAGUGUUCGUGCUGGAGCAAAGGAUCGCUCUGGAAACAAACGACCAAGUGACGGUUGACGAAAGAAUAGCCGAUCUAAUGCGCGAGAGGACGUUGUUGGAAAGGAAGUUGGAAGAGGCGCAUCUUCAUCUCUCCGAUAUAAAGACUUGCUGGUCUGGCAAGAUUUCUAGUCUUGAAACGCAAGUUGGCAGACUUAGUAGGCAAGUAGGCGAGGAAGGACUGGAGCGCAGACAAGUCGAGCAGGAGAAAGAGAAACUUAAACACAGAAUCAAACAGCUAGAAGCCGAGAUAGAGGUGAACAAUAUUGUUAUAACUACAAAAGACGCUAAGCUUUUGCGCAUGACAGAAGACAUUGACGAGAUGGCUACGGAACUGAAAGAGCUCCGGGCCAGCGUCGAUGACGAGGUGGAAGAAUUUAAACGCCAAAUUGUGAGUUACCGCGACAUGUAGUGGCAAAGUGCAUGGGCUAGAUUAUCUCUUACCGAAAAUUUUUUCCAAAUUCUGAUACAAAAUCAUUUCUGGUAGGUUUCGUUACAAAUGAUCAUAGUAUUGAAUUAUUUAUAAUGUACAAAAUUCGUUGUUGCUUAUGUUUCUUAUAACUUUUUUUUAUUAAUAUUAUUGCGAUCUUAGGACGCAAUAAUUUUACGAUAUAAUAUAUCCUUUUUUGUUAUUUUCAUCAAAGACUAUAUUGCAUUUUUUUUAAGAUGCUUUGUCUGAUAUCUUCUUGUAUUAAUAUCUUCUUAUUUUGUUAUAGUUAUUUUAUAUAUUUUUAAUAUGCAUUUGUCGACGAUGAAUUGGCAGCUUAGAUGAUUUUCGAUUCUGUUACAUUUCGUAACUUCCAUUACAUUUGGAAUGUGCAGCCGAUUGUCCCGAUCAUUAAAUUUUAUAAGACUGAUAUGAAUUUAUUUUCUAAAUAAAAGAUAUAUAUUUGCAUAACUUUUGCAAUAUAUUAUAUUUUAAAUAUGAUAUAUUUAAAAUUUUCUUAAUGUUCCUCAUCUUUUCAAAAUCUUAUACAACUUUUAGUAAAUAUUGUUAUUAG